UUCAACUGCAGAGGUCAAAUCCUGCGAAAAAUCGCCUUCGUUGCUGUUGUGGACUCUGGAUCUCAGGGGUCACCCAUAAAACGGGAUAGUGAUUACGAAUUCGCCACAAGCAUUCUUGGGUCAGCUCUGUGUGGAGCGACUUUACUGAAGGAAUGCAGUUGCUGUGAAUUCGCAUCUACCAUGGCUUCUCAUCGAAAGUUAGUAUUAUUGUGUGCCUUCGUCGUCAGUGCAGUUGCAGUUCCUACGAGAAAGAGGGAACAAUGUGCAAGGUACUGUACAGAUGAAGCUGAUUUUACAUUAAGGCCAGGCAGUACAUAUACAUAUGACUAUGAAACAACUACUGUUACCACCGUCCAAGGACCCUCUCAAGAUAAGACUCAACUUCAGAUGUCAGCUCAAGUGGACAUUGAAGUUCUCUCAAAAUGUGAUCUUUCACUCAGACUUCGAGGUGUGAAUCUUAAGUUAUCUGAUCCUGAAACACCAGAUUACUUGAACUCCAUACGAGGAGUAAGAGAUUUCGCGAGAACAAUCGAGAGACAUAUUCUGAGAUUUUCAUUCCAAAAUGGCAAAAUUGAACAUGUCUGCCCAACAGAAGAUGUUCCAGCGUGGGUUCUCAACAUCCAGAAGGGUGUGCUGUCAGCUUUCCAGACCCAUGUUGUCAGACCAGACUGGGCCACAAGAACACUGGAGACUGACAUUUUGGGAAAAUGUACUGCUGAAUACCACUCUUUGGGACGCAGCUGGCAAGGAAUGCAUACCGUUCGUAAACUGAAAGAUCUCAGCACUUGUACUGACAGAGAAAAUGUCGAAACUUACUUGCAAGGAACACCUUACACGCAAGACUUCAUGACAAGAUCUUUACCCUUACUUAAGGGCAGGCAGGAGUGUGAACAAGUCCUUGGAAAUGGAUACCUACAGAGUUCUAUUUGUAACGAGGAGAUCGUCUUCAGACCGUUUUCAAAUGGAGGGAAUGGCGUCAUUACCACUGUUACACAGAAACUGUCGCACGCUACGACCAGCUCAAGGACAUUUACAGGAAAUGAUUACCGUCCCACGCAAGAGCCUCUGCUCUAUCGCCAUGCGAAAGAAGAGUUGAAUGCUGCAAGAAUUGCAGAUGAAAGCGAAGUUGCGUUGAAAGAACUCUGUGAUUCUUCUAAACAGGACAUCUCCAUGGCAGUUCCAAGGAAAUUUUCUGCUUUCGUGUAUAAACUGAAAAAACUUCCAUUUGCAUCCUUGAAAUCAUUCUACCAGAAAGUUGAUAGUAUGUGCCCUGAUAAUCCAAAAGCUAGGAAAUUCUUCAUAGAUGCCAUUCCUAUGGUAGCUACCUCUGAAUCUGCCCGUUUUAUGUAUGAAAUGAUCAAGCAAAGAGAUAUAUCUGAAUCAGAAAGCAAUUUCUGGUUGACAUCUCUCUCUUUCGUUAAUGAACCAACAGCUGAAAUGAUUGCUACGUUUACGCCUCUACUGGAUGGACGUAACGAACAAGCAUUGUUGGGAAUCUCUGCCUUCAUCCAUAAUUUCUGUAGAUCUCGCGAAUGCUCCUCCUACCCUCAAGUGAGAGAAGCUGUUCACAAACUGGUUGGAAAUCUAGGAGAUAACUGCUACACACCAGAAGAUAAGAAGAUCAUUCUAACUCUGAAAGCCCUUGGUAACAUUGGCCACAUGUUUGGAAAAGAAUAUAUCGUGGAAGCUUGUUAUAAGAAUCCUCAAAUCAGAACUGAGGCUCGACUGGCAGCGAUCGAUACAUUCCGGAGAGUCAGCUGUGAUGUAUCUCGAGAAAGUCUAAUGAAUAUGUACAGUAAUUAUAAUGAAGAUACUGAAAUCAGAAUAGCAGCUUACUUGGCGAUUAUGAAGUGUCCCAAUUCUAAGACGAUUCAAGACAUCAAGAAUGUUUUCAUGAAAGAAAAGAUCAAUCAAGUUGGAUCUUUCAUCUGGACUCAUAUGAAUGCAUUGGCAAAGAGCAGACAUCCAGAAAGGCAAGAUAUUCGUGACAUAGUAUCAAAUUUGUAUCUCCUCAACAAAUACGAAUCGGAUGCGAGGAAGUUCUCAAGUGCACGGGAAGCCACUUUCUUUUUGGAAUCCAUCGAUUCUGGAUUUCACAUCGAUAAUCACAUAAUAUUUUCCACAGACUCUUAUUUACCGCGAACAGCUAUGUUCAAUCUCACAGUUGAUAUCUUUGGAAAAACAUGUAACUUGUUCCAGAUAGAUGGAAGAAUGGAAGGUUUAGAACAUGUCGUCGAAAGUUUCUUCGGGCCCCAUGGCUACUUCCCUCAGAAGAAUGUUGCGAAGUUACUAAGAGAAAAGCGAUCUAUAUCUAACAAUAAAAUAGAUGAGCUGGAUGAAAAGUUUGAUGCUCAAUCCCGCUUCCAACAACAGCCCUAUGGCUCUUUGGAUGUUAAAAUCUUUGGUACUUCAAUGUGGUACAAUCAGUUCAAAGCAAAUGAAGAUGGCAUGCCAGAAAUCAAUUUAUUAGACUAUGUUACUAAAUUAGCAGAAGAGCAGGAAAAGGAAUAUUCUAAGAGUUUCAUGUUCUUGGACACAACAUUCACAGUUCCUAUGACAAGUGGUCUCCCUCUUCGCAUUGCGGUUAACGGUACAGCCAAUGUGGGAUUGAAAAUCGGUGGAAAGUUUAAUGUCAAAUCUCUCCAGCAUGUUGACAUAAUGGGACACAUAGAGCCAAGUGGAUCAAUUGAAAUCGCUAGUCUUUUGACUGUUGAUGCUGGUAAUGUGGCCAAAUCCGGAAUGCGAGUCGUAGGCACAAUGCAUUCUUCUACAGUUCUUGAUGGUCGACUGGAAGUGAGAAAUGGCGAAGUGGUGAAAGCUCAACUUAACAUGCCCCGAGACAGGAUAGAUGUCUUCAACAUGGAGAGCAAAGUGUACCUUGUCCACGGUCAUGAAGAAAGGGAGCAAAAGGUAGACAAGAAAGAUGGAACUUACCUGUCCAGUUGCUCAGGAGAAACUUUCAGCAAUCUUUUCGGAGUUUCAUUCUGUUCAGAACUUCGCGUCCCACCUUACAGACCCAAUUCUUACCUUCAUCCGAUUAAUGGACCUGCAGCUUUCAAUUUAUUCAUUCAAAAGACCGAUCUGUCUCUGAAGAGUUAUAAUUUUGACGCUCAGUGGAAAAAAGAACUGAAAAAUGGAGCAUAUUCCCGGUAUGGUAUGAUAUCCAUUGCAACACCCCGGUCACAUAUCGAAAGAAAUAUUAAAUUUGAAGUGAGUGUCGGUAAAAAAGAUAAUUCCAUCAGCUUGAAAAUGAAAACGCCUCUGAAGAAACUCGAUAUAAAUGCAAUGUUUUUGCAUGAAAAUAGUCAGAGCAAAUUGACUACAAACAUAGUCGUCGAUGACAAAUUCUUUUUUGGUCUGGAAUCAGGACUUCGUACUGUAAAUGAGAAAAAUGCAGUCAGUUACAUGGCGUCUUUAGAAAUGAAGGCACCAUCAAAGAAACUGGUAACCAUGAGUGGAUCAACUACCCUAAAGUUCGGAGAAAAAUAUUCCGCUGAGGUGAAGAUUGAAGAUCUUACUCAAAAACCUAUUAUUGCUAAAGGUAACUUGGAAUUCCGCGGGCAAGAUCGUUAUGACACUGAAAUGAGCUUAAGUAGCUAUGCAGUAGAUGGUACUGUGAGAGGUUUUGCUCAAUUAAGUGGUAGUAUGUCUGCAAAAAUGACUGCGGAUUACAGGAUUAUGGAAGGAAAAAUGAAUAAACUGAGCAUCACUGGGAAAAUGAGAAAUCUUUCUGUUUCUGCUCUUACUAAAUACAAUGGCUUAUUAAAUAUCGAAACCUCGUUCUUGCCUGAAUGGAACACUGAAGUUUCUUUCGAGACCAUGAAGACAACUGGACACAUCGAGAAUACUGUAUCCAUUACUCUUGGAGAUGGUAUACGAAGCAGAGCGCACACUAUUAAAUUUCAAGAAAUUCUUGGCUACAGUGGUACCUUGAAAAAUAAUAAAAUUGAUGGCUCACUUAGCUUAGCUUAUCCCGAGAAAAACAUAGAUUAUUCUAUUUAUGUAAAUCAUGAAAAUACAGAUAAAAAUUUGAAAAGUGCUCUGAAAUUUCAAUAUGACAGGAACAAGCAGAUCAGCACAGAAGUUCAGCUUAAUUUUGAUACAGAAUAUCCACUAAGCUUCACAAGUGAUAUAAAGCUUCGUUAUCCAGGACAUAGUGGUGCUGCUCGGCUGGCCAUCAAUCAGUCAAAUGCAAAAGAAUAUCGAGCAACUAUGUCUUAUCAAUGGCAACAAAGAAGUACUGAAAUGAUUAUUCAUUACAAUGAUAAAAGUGAAGGUUCUCGAUUUAAAUACGAAGUCGAUGGACAACUAAAACUUCCAUCAGCAAGACCAACACUAUUUGCUACAACACUUGGAUUCCAUAGAAGUCAGUUCGCCUUGUCUUCAGAAUUAAAUGUUGGUAUUAACAAAUAUCAAAUGAGAGCGGACUACAUAGGAGGAAAUUCUCUUAACCAUCGCAUUACAGGUCAGGUGUCUUCAAAUAAUGACAUAUAUGCUCUAGAAGCAGCUAUUCAGCAUCAAAGAAAUAAAUUAAACUGCAAUGCUGAGAUAAAAAUGCCAAACCGCCAGAGAAUUACCACCAAAAUGGAAGGCAGGAUGGGAGAUAAUCACCGAAUAGGAUCCUUUGAAAUAUUAUGGGAUGCAGACAGAGACAGCAGCAAGCGCUUUGCAGUAACAAGCGAACUGCGAAACAAACCCGACGGAUAUGAUGGAAAACUUGCUUUGGAAGUGUACCGAAGAAGAAUGACUGGAGCACUUAGCAUUGGCUUACAAGGAGAUUUACGCAACUCCCAAUGGAAAACCAAUAAUAGAGCUGAAUUUGAAUGGGCACCAAACAAAAAGGUAACAGCAGUGUUGGCCGCCAAUAUCGAAAUAGACAGAUCUCAACAACAAGUCAAUAGUCAUUUAGAGCUUGCAACACCUUACAAUGGCUAUGAGAACUUAACUUUGAGUAUAACACAUUUAUAUGCUAAUAAGCAGUGGGAUAGCGAAAUUUCUAGCAAUCUGCCGGGAAGAAACCAGUUUUCCGUGUCAUCAACAGGAAGAUUUAACUUUGCAAGAGGUGGGGCUAAUGUCGAUGCAAAGGGGAAAAUUCAUACAUCAUUUAUGCAAUUAGAAAACUUGUAUAUGGAAUUUAAUCAUAACCAUAAUCCAAUCGACCUUGCAAGUAAAGCACAGAUUAGAUGGAACAAUUAUGAUAGAAUAAUUUUAGAAUUAUCAGGUAAUCGACAUAUCGAGUCUAACACACUAAAAGGUGUGAUCAAAUUCAAAACUCCGUUUUCUUAUAUGGAAGAUAUUUCUGCUGAAAUAAACCAUAGCUAUGUAAAAUAUAAUUAUUAUAGAACACAUGGUUCACUGCAGUGGGCUCCAAGCAGACAAAUAACCUUAAAUUUUGAAGGCAACCAGCAACUAAGUGGUAGACGAAGAACAUGUACUGUAUCUUUGAAAGGUACUUCUCCGUAUCGCGGAUACGAAAACGUGGAAGCAAAGGUAAUUUACAGAAAUGAUGGCUCUAGUUUAAAUACAGAUGGAGAAUUAAUCUGGAACACAAACAGAAUUACUUCAUCUGUCUCUGGUGUGAUCAUGAAUACUUUAUAUCAUAAGAAUUUUGAAAGCAAGAUACAAUUUACUACUCCUUUUAGGAAUUAUGAAGCUGUCGAUCUGUCAUCAUCACUAGAAAUACGUCAAAAUUCGUAUAAAUUAAAUGUGGCUACUAACUUGCCUUAUAGUUCAAAAUUAUCUCUGAGUUCUGUUGGAAAGAUGAACAGUUUUAAUGAUAUUGAAUUUAAUGCAUUGUUAACAGCAGAAUCUCCUAAAUACAUGGAUCCCAAACGAGGGUCCAUUGAUUUUGUGCACAAACUUAUUAAUUCUAAACUGCAAAGCACUCUUGAUGCUGGUUUUGGAAAUGAAAAGGUUACCAUAUUGCUGAGCGGCUUAAGUGAAUCUACUUAUAACUACAAAAAUAUUGAAUUUUCGGCAACAAUAACAACAACUUUUAAGAAAUAUGAAGAGCUGCAUAUUGAUUUAACCCAUAACCAAAGGGAUGCUGAAUACUCGACAAAACUGCAUCUCACCAAAAAUGAACUGAGUGGAUCUUUGAAUCACAUGCUCAUUUUUAGAGAUUGGUUAAAUUUUGAUACACAGGCGGAAUUAAUUUCAAAUUCGCCCAUACUCAACGGAAAAAUUUCAAUCCAUCAUGAAGGCGACGGAUCUCUGUUAAAGCACACUAGCUCAUUGCUUUGGGACAAGAACAAGGAAAUUAUACUGAGUGCUGAGUAUUCCAGCAAGUUUUAUUCAAAGUCAUUUAAUGCGAAAAUAUCUACUCCAUUCAGGACUAUCAGGGAGCUAGAAGUUAAUUCAGGUUAUGAAUAUCUGAACACUGAGCUCAAAGGAUUGCUGAGAGUUUUAUGGGACCGCAGAAAUAAGAUGGAAGUCAACGGAAAUUUUAAUUACAAUCGAUGGGAAAAGGUCAAUGCCAAUCUGGAAUUUACCAGUCACUUUAAAGGGCAUGAGUUUUAUUCCACCUUAGCUAAAUAUGAUUUGUCCAGUGCACAGAAAACUGCACAAUUUUCUUUCCUUUGGGGCUCUGCAAAUAGGAAAGAAAUAGUUGCAAAAGUUAAUUUCUUAAAAAGCUAUCGUUCUUUGAAUCUGGAAACUACUUUAGCAACCCCCUUUGAUGAAAUGAAAAAAGUCUCUUUCAGCGCUACAUGUAACUACAGUAGAGCGGAUAAAAGCGUAAGUUUGAUUUAUUCUAAAAAUGACAACAGUUUCGUCCUAAACGGGAGAUCACUUAUUCGUCGCGACGGAGCCUCAAUAAAUUUUGAGCUUUCUACACCUUACAGAACACUUAGAGAAUUAAAAACAUCAGCAAAGUAUGAUAGACUCAGAAAUGGUAUCAGCGGUGAAUUGUUUUUGGACUGGAAUAGCGCAAAUACGUAUAAAAUGAACGGACAGUACGAACUUAAAGACACCUCCGUUGAAGCAAAGUUUGGAGUCGUUACACCAGUCGAAGGCUACGAAAAUGUAGUUCUUGAAGUUAACGGUAAUUGCGAAAGUAGUAAAUUUAAUUCUCAAGUUAACUUAAAAUGGAGUAAAAGUAAAAAUAUUUUAAUUGAUGUUUUAUCAGAGUAUGAUCCAAGAAGCGGUUUCGUCACUUUCCGGGCAGAGAGUCCGUUUCCAAAAUAUAGAGAAAUUCGUUUUGAAUCUAAUUAUGAAAAGAAAUCUGGUCAGUAUAGUGGCAAAGUAACAACUACUAUCAAUCGAAGGAGCACGUACGAGGGAGUUUUAGCAGUAACGUAUGGUGGAAACAAUAUAGCCAAACUAAACCUGAGAUUCGUAUCACCUAUUGUUAACUUUAGAGAGAUAGAGCUAACGUCUUCUAUUGAUGCUGAACCCGGAUUUUAUCAGUUUUCGUCUAAUCUAAGAAUGGAAAAUAAUGAAAUAAGUUCCCUUAUUUAUUUGAGCAAAAAAGGAAAUGAAUACAUGGAAUGCAAAGUGAAAGUAAAUACCAAUUUCGAAAGAUUCAGAGUAUUUAGCUUAGACAGCUCUUUAAGCAACGAUGAUUACAGUGUUAUCGAGGGACGCAUAGAUUUGGUAACACCCUUUGAAAUUCUUCGCAGCUUCGAAGCUAGCGGCGAAUAUAAGCUUAACAAAGAUGGUGGAUUCAUUUCCCUCAAAUGUAAAACACCUCACAAAAGUCUAAAUAUCGAAGGCAAGAUGUCUAACAGCCAAUUCCGCCCAUUAACAGCAUCGCUGGAAAUCAAUGCUCCUUUUACAACUUUCAAAAAAAUUUCUACUAAUGCCGAAAUAAAUAUGAUAAAUUGGAGCAAUGCACAAUUUAAAUUUUCAACUAAAUCACCAAUAUUUGCUCAUACAUUUGAUGUAUCCUUCCAGAAAGAUGAUGAUGAUUUAAGCUUUGAACUAAAAGCUGAUUCAUCAGCUUUACCUUACAGAACGGCUAUCGUUUCAUGGAAAGCAAGUUACAAUUUGCCAAAGCGAACCGAAACCGAAAUUUCUAUAGAAUUAAUGGGCAAAGUACAUUACAUUAAUGGCCAGUUUAAAGACUCUGGAAGGGAUAUUGAUGUACAAGUAACUAUGGAAAGUUCAUUACUUCCAGAAAACAAGGCUGAUCUUUCCGCUUCAUACUCACGUAGGCGUAAUAAUAAAGUUCUGGAAGGUAAGAUGUAUUUUAUCGUUCCCAGCUCAACUCACCAAAUUGUUGCCAAUUAUGAAACUAAAGGAAAUCAAAUCGCUUCUACGCUAAAAAUAGACAGCAAUGUUUUAUCCUUUUCAACACUGAAUGUUCAGGCUAAAUACAUAAACAAUAACGGUCGUGACAUUGAAGCAGCAUUUUCUGUUUCCACCCCUGAAACAACACACGCAAUUACAGGAAGCUUAAAGAAUUAUGAACGAGAAAAAUUAAUUCAGUUGAAAUUGGAAUGCCCAUUGGCAGCGUCGUUGAAUCCAUUUACUAUCACAGGAACACUGAACAAUGAGAACUUCGAUGCUAUGGAUGGAUCACUGAUCGUUACCACACCCGGUAAUGAAGUCCGUGUAGCCGGAAGCAUGAAGAAAGUUGGCUGGAAAAAUGUGGAAGCUUUCUUAACCGUCACCACACCAAUAAAAUCCCUCCGAAUGCUAAGAAUUGAUGGAACGUAUUUAAACGACAAUUUCCAAAAUGUUGAAUGCAACUUCCAGCUGGAAACUUCUAACGAAAACAUUCCAGAAUUAGGCCUCACCUCUAAGCUCAGUCGGACGCAGUCAUCGGAAGAAAUGUCCUUAAUGCUUCGCUUGCCUGUUGCAAACUAUCAAUCGGUUCAGCUUUUAGCAAAUGCUCACCACAAUGCCGAAUUUUCAAAUGCUGAUUCUAGAAUAACAUUGAGUCUCCCCAAAUCAAGGUAUGUUGUAUAUUCUCAAUAUGGAAUAAGUAAAAACCGAAUAUCGGGCAGAGCAGAGCUUGAACUGGCUGGUUUUAAGUGGCUGACAUCCGGAAGACUGGAAAAUACUGCUCAGCAAAAAGAUGUUUCUCUGAGUCUUACUACUCCCAGUGAAAAUACUUAUAUUUUCGGGGGUACUUAUGGAAACAUAGGUAAUCGUCAGCAGCUCACAGCUACUUACAGCAGCCCCUCUAAUGAACGCUAUAACUUUAAUUCAUCGCUAAGUUUCAGAAAUUUCGGAAAUUUUGAAGUCGAAUUCGAAGUAGAAACACCUUUCAACAGGUACAGAACAAUGCAAGCCAAAAUAAAGCAGGAGUACAUUUUCAACCACCAUUUUUCGACUAUUGUCGAAUGCUGGAAAAACGGCCGUCAUGGUCUUUUUAGACUCCAAAAUCAUAUUAGUAGAGAUGGCUUGAAAGGAGUUAUUCAACUAGCUUGCCCUUAUACCAAAACUGAAGAUAUAAAACUUCACUAUACGCAUCAAAAGAAAUCCUCAACCAGCGAAUGUAAUCUGGAAUUCCACUACAAUAAAGUCAAACAUCUUAAGGUAGGCCUUCUACAUAAAAGCGAUAAAACAGCUCAUAUUACGUUAGAUAUUCCAGUUUUGCCCCUGACAGUAACUGCUGAUAGUAAGAAAGAUAGGAACAGUCGUGAAAUAAAAUUUAUGUCGACUUAUCAAAACCGUGCUGUCGCUUUUCGAACAUCUUAUACCGCCGAAGACAACGAAUUCCGCCAUGAUGCAUCAUUCGCUUGGGAUGAGAGCCGUAAAAAAGGAAUUUCCUAUGACAUUAAGAUGGCUGAUACUGAAACUGGAAAAGAACUAUGGAGUAGGCUUGACACUCCUUUGAGGUCUCUGAUGAUGAAAGGGAACUUCACCAGAACUAGCCGAGCUUCGUCUGGAGGUGUGGACUUUUAUUGGGAUGCAUCUCGAAGCUUAGAGAAACGCAUGGCAGUUGGAAUUCAACAUGCUGACAUGAGCAGUUACAGAGAAACAUCUCAUCGCAUACAAAUUACUGUAGAGCAUCCAAAACUUCCAAAGGCUGUAAUCCAAACCAAUACCCUCACCUUCAGACCAUCUGAAAUUCAUGGUAAAAGUGAAUUGAUUUACUCAACUAAUGGACAUCACAACAUCCUCAUGGAGUUCAAAGCUUCUGAUUCGUCAGAUGGAAGACGAGAAAGUCAUUAUAAGGGAGAAUUCUCUCUAAAACAUCCUGUCAACAUGCUAAACGUGAAGUGUGUUGGCGAAAUAACAGACAGAAGAAUAGAAUCUUCUGCUCACUUUAAAGUAGAAAAUCUCUAUAGACCACAGGUCCAAAAUGUCAGAGAGAUCAAAGCAACGAUCCUGAAGACAAGGCAGCAAGUCGAUUUGGUGGUGAGAAACAACGAUGAUCAAAUGACAGUGCUUGGUCAGGUAACUGGCAGAAAUGGAGACAUUAAUGUAUCGAUCACGAGGAAAAUGAACGAGAUAAUUGAUUUGACAUCCCAGAUACGUUACAGCAAGCGUAACAGGAUGCUAGACGUCUCUGUCAGUAAUGCAGAAAACUCUGGAUUCCAAUUUACUGCAGCAUUCCCUAAGGAUUCCGCAAGCCUGAAAGUCUCACACAGCACACGAGGAAAUGUUAUAAACGAUGCCAGUCUAUACCUAGGUUUAGAAGAGUCCAAAGUCCUGAAAUCUCAGGUGAACUGGAGACCAAGAUUAUGGGAAGAACUAAGAGUAAACACUGGUGAAACUUUGAGAGGUUUUAUUGAGUCCGCGAAGUCUCGUUAUACGAAUAUGAAAUCAGCACUUUCGAAUGAGUGGGUAUUAAGAUCUGGAAUCCUAGCUCAGUCCAUGUCGCAAGAAUUAUCUCCAUUCUUUGAAGACUUGAGGAAUAGUGCAUCUGAUAUUGCCAAUGAUUUACAGAGCGCAAGGGAUGCUUUCUGGAAUAUGUACAACAGAAAUGAAUUCUAUAUGCAAGAUAUGGUCAAACAAGGAAAGGCACUGAAGAAGUUUAUGAGUGACUUGGCCGAUGGUUUAGUCCUCGCAUGUGAAGUUACAUUCAACAUAAUAAUGGAAUUCCUCGAGGAUACAUACGAUAAAAUAUAUUAUAAGUGCCUAGACUUCUUAGACUACCUUCAAUAUAUGUAUACACGGUGGGCAAUAACGGCUAAACAAGCGUUUAAAAAUGCCCAGGAGGCUGCCAGAAAGGGCUUGAUAACUUGUGCUAUGAAACUAGAGCAGACUGUUAACUUAAUAUCAAAGAAACUUGGAGAAUUUUCUGAUUACAUCAUUUUAAAAUUGGACAAACUGGUUCGAGCUUACGCACCUUGCUUCAUCGAUGGUUAUUACUACAUCAAAAAUGCAGCUGAUAGUAUCCGAUACUCUGUAAAUGGUAUUAUGACGGAAGUUUCAGACUGCAUUUUCUCGAAUCGAUACUACAUUGCAUUGAGGAAUUAUGCUUAUAGUGUAAUGGAUACAAUCCAGGCUUUCCGUGAUUAUGAAUACAUGGAAUCAGCGCAGGCAUUUAUUAACAGAAUAUAUGAUGCGGAAAUACUGAAUAAUGUAAUCAACCAUCCAAGCGUUGAGUACAUGUCUGGCAUCGCCAAUUCUGCCCUUCGAAAGAGUGUAGAAGUGUAUCACAACUUGGGAAUGGACACUCUGGUUAACACCGCAUCAGACACUAUAUCCAAUUAUGCUAAAACCCUUGCACUGCAGACGGCUCAAGACCUUCUUUCCGAAUUUUACCACAUGAAAGGCGGUGCUAAAUAUGACUUCGCACCUGAAAGAGGAUACAUGGCCAUUGAGUUCAACUUGCCUACCACUCGUAACAGCCUCAUUGAAGUAUUUGAUUUCAAGAGCUAUCCUGAAUAUCAGAAGAUGAUGAACGUAAAGAAUACCUUGGCCGUUAACUUCUACGAAGACUUCUGCAUAUGGGACUUCUAUUAUAAAUUCAUGAAAUAUUUUACUCCUAGCUAUUGGCUGCCAUCCUUUACAGCUCAUGCUAUGAUAGCUGGUAACCAGCACUACAUUACUUUCGACAAAUUACCAUUUGAGUUUGCUGGCAGAUGCAGCUAUUUGCUGGCUCGUGACUUUGUGGACGGGAACUUCUCUGUAAUUGUGAACUAUGGAAGGGAAGAUUACCAGAGGAAAUCUUUGACCAUUCUGACCGAAGGCAAGAAGAUAGAUAUCGGUCAAGAUUACAAAGUCACGCUAGACGACACGAAAACGGAACUUCCCAUUCAGAUUGGCAAGACAAUCGUCAUUCGAGAAGGCGCUAAUGUCAGGAUAGAGAACGAAAAGAAAGGCUUUUCGGCUGUUUGCAACUUUGUCCGCAACUACUGCAGUUUAACUUUAUCCGGGUUUUACUUCGGAAAAACUGGAGGACUCUUUGGUACAUUCAACUAUGAGCCAAGCCUUGAUAUGAUGACUCCAACAAGACACUUAGCUGAUGACGUAGAAAGUUUUGCCAGAAGUUGGGAAGUAGGACAAAUGGCUUGCAGAAGCACAGAGAACCUGGCUACUUUGCCAAGCAACGAUUACAUGGUCCAGAAGAAAUGCAGAGGCAUGUUUGAAAAAUCCUCAUCUGAAUUCAGAGCUUGUUUCAAACAGGUUGAUCCUGAAAACUACCUGAAGAUGUGCAUCAACGAUCUCUCUGCUGUUCACGAGCGAGUUCAUGAUGCUGUUAUUUGCCAGUCCGCUGCUGCUUAUUUUGCCGAGUGCAAAAUGGCAGGAGUACCUCUCAAGAUGCCCAAGGAUUGCGUCCUUUGCGAGAAACAAGAUGGAACAAUGAUGAAAGAAGGAGAAGCUCUGAAGUUCACACGCGGAAAUAGUGUUACAGCUGCCGAUGUUGUUUUCCUGAUAGAAGAGAAAGCCUGCAACAAAGAUCGCGUCAAAUACUUAGGAAAAUUAGCCCAAAACAUUGAAGAUAAUUUCAGGCAAAAAGGAUACCGUGACAUCAGAUACAGUGUCGUAGGUUUUGGUGGAGACGAAGUUCACGCUGCUCCUCAUAUUCAUACCAUGGAUGGUCAAGAAUCUGGCCCUCUGAGAUCUCUGACAUCAGCUCUCGAAAGUAUGGAGUAUGGAGAUGGACCUGUUAAUAUUCUAGAAGCUCUGAGAUUCGCCGCAGCGCUAAACUUUAGGUCUGGAACAGUUAAGAGUUUCGUACUGCUGAAAUGCUCAACCUGCAAAUCUGAAGAAGUUAGGGCUGAGUACGGCGAAAUGUUACGCACGCUGUUGGAUGGAGAUAUUACACUCCAUCUUGUCAUGGAACAGAAAUAUGAGAUGAAAGUUCCCAACAAGAAUUCGAAAGCUCGAAGAGUCAUUGGUGUUGACAAGAAAUUUGCUUACACUUUGAAGGACGUCAAGGAUAGUCAGCUGUCUGGAGACGGCGAUCUGCUAGCUCAGCUUAAGAUUCCUAAAGAUGUCUGCAUACCACUCGCACUCGAAGUUAACGGUUCCAGCUUCGAUUCGCAGUUCCUCACCGAAACGAAAAAGAACACCAACAAGAAAUUCAUGGACGUCUUAGCAAGGCUAGUAGUCAGGUCAUCGUCAGAGGGAAGCACAGAGUGGGGCAUGUGUUGUGAGUGCAUAGCUACUGCUGACGGCAUGGGAAAAAGCACUUGCCAACGUUGUGUGUCAGCUGAAAUAGCCAGCAUGAUAUCGGCUGAUACUUCAAGCUUUGGAAGCUAUCCAAGCUCCCGCCCAGAGAACAAACAAGCACCAAGAUCCAGAGUGAGAAAACACAAAGAAAGAAGAAGUGGACUUUAGUUAAUAUUUAUCACAUUUAAAUGUAUUUUUUAAAUGUUUUAAAACUAACAGAUAUUUAAGAAAAAUUUGAAUCAGUUGUCCAUAAACGUCAUUGAAACUCACCAUGUAUUUGUAUUUGUAAGAUACGAUUUAAAAAGUAUUUAAAUUAUAGCUAGUGUUAAGAAAAUAAAGUUUCCUUUAAGUUUAUAUUUUCCUUCUUAUUAUAUUUAUUUGUCCUCUUAUUGUUAAUCAUGAAGGUUAGUACAAAACGGGUGUCCGUCUGAAGACAAAGAAGUGCCAAAGAUGUCUUUCUACGUCUGGAUGUCUAGAUCCUGAAAAAUCCUGGAAAUCUUUAAGAUAAGAAAGAUAUCUAGGCAGCCAGGAUGAAACAUCUUUGAAAAGAACUUUGUACUGUGAAAUUAUCAUGUGAUUCGUAGUGAUUAGAAGUUUAAUGUCUGUGGUGCAAAAUACAUACAGCUCUUCGAUCAGCAGCUACGAUGCUUGAAAGGACUCAUCUUUGAGGUGUCGUUUAUCUAAUUACAUCCGCAUUUCUUUGUGUUUUUGCAUAAUGUAAUAUCUCUAUUCCUUUUAAGUUUUUUUUUACUAUCAUUAUGUGUGAGAUUCCAGAAACUUGAGUGUACAAAGUAAAAAUCAUUAAUAAAAAUGCUGCAGCAACAA